UCCUCCUCCACCAUACCCUUUCAAUCACGGCCCACCGCCCUCAUUCUCGCGUCCUCUGCAUCCUCGUCUAUUGUGCACGCGACGUCAACAAUUCCCUUCCUGUGAUGUCGCAUCGGCUUCACGCCACCGAAGUCUCCUUGUUUGUGGACACCAUGUGAGGCAUAGCUGCUCGCGAUCGGUGGCGAUCAUUGCGGGCUGCAAGAGCAGCUCUCCUCCGCCGUCCUCUACGUCAGCGUCGAAUUUCUUCCGAUGGAGAAAGAUACUACCACAGAUGUUGAGGAAGAGGAGCCUCUCCCAUCUCCAGUUCCAGGAGUGGAGAUGCUUCCACCUGAUAUCGCAGAUAAAAGAUUCGCACUGACUUUGGAGACAAUGAAGAAUGAUGAAAAUUAUCUAUGGAUGGAACUCAGCAAAUGUCGCAUCACCGACAGUCGUAUACGGAAACUCUUUGCAGCUUUGAAGGAUAAUACGUCGAUGACAUCUAUCGAUCUUUCAAACAAUGUGAUUACAGACGAAGGCAUGAGCUUUUUAACGGGAGCUUUAGCUGUUGGAAUGGUACCAAACCUUCUUCGUAUAAAUCUUCAGGGUAAUCCUAUCAGCAGCAAAGGCCGAGAGCUACUUGCUGGACUGUAUCAUUUACGUAAGCAGCUCUUGGUCGAGUAUGAUAUGGUUGAAGAACCAAGUGAAGGAGAAUCAGAUUUGUCUGUAGCAGAUGAUUUGCAGGAAAACUUUCCAAGAAGCAAAUGGAUUGGGAAUUGCACCGAGGCAAAUGGACCAGAAGACCCAGAAGCUCAAGACUUGUUUUCUUCUGCACAACGGCAGCGAGCUUGCGAUCCCCAUCUUCUAGAAGAGCAGGCUGAGUUGUUGAUGCAAGUAUUGCAGCAGAGUGCAACCAAAAGCAUGUCACCAGCAGAGCUCGCUUCGAAUUUGAAGCAAUUGGGAGGGGUCUUAACUCAUUUGUUGGAGAUUCACCGAGAAAAGUUGCCGGAAUGGGCAUCUGCUGACCAACUUCCAAAGGGUCUAAAGGAGGUAGUGGAAAACAUCAAGACAUUGACCCUCAUGUUAGAUUUGCCUGCAGCACCACAUCAGUCCCAACGUCGCACUGAGGAAGCUUCUGCAGGUUUACAUCGUAUAGCCGUAGUUAAUGUGCUUGGUCAGCUCCUCGGGGCAGGGUGUCCUGCCAUAGAUGGCCUGCUCCUCAUCCAGGCUGUUCCAAGCAGACUUAUAGCCCUCUUCUUCCAGUACCCUUGGAACAGCAUGUUGCAAGCGGCCCUCUGCAAAUGUUUUCUUGCAGUUUUAGAUCGACCUGGAACGCUUGUAUGCUCAGCUAUUCUUGCGGGAGGAACUGGACUUCCCACUCUCUGUGCCAAAGUUGGUAGUGAAUGUGCUACUUUAGUUAUGAGCAAUAGACCCGGGUAUGCUGGUUACAUUGUGAAGCUAUCUAAAACUCUGCAGGUGCUGGGGGAGAAGGAUGCAUCUGUUAAUGAGUUACUGCAGCAAAGUGACCAAUGGGUUAUCUUCGCUGGCGUAGAUGGUUUGUUGAGCAAACUAGUGACCGAGCAAACAGGCCAUUUAGGAGGACCAAAGCCUGUUCUAGCACGCUCCAUGGCACCAUUUUUUCAAAACAACCCAGGCAGGUCCUCUGCAGCUUUUGAACAGUUUCGAGGCCUUGUUCUCACGUGAACUGUUCGUGUAGGACAGAUGACCCCUUUCUGUUCAAAUCAAAUGACGCUUUUAAUAGUUAAAGAGUCACCCUAGCAGCCAAACGUUCGGACUGAUUUAGGUGCAAUUCGAGUUGCUCCUUAUGUGCUAGUCUCUAUGAUUUGUGAUUAGUUUUGGCCUUUUUGGAGACGCUGAGUCUUUUUGUUGUUCCAAAAUUAGAAAUUUCACCAAUUUUUUGAGCAAAGUAUUAAGAGUUUAAUUAGAACGCAUGAGCAUAAGCUGAGAACAUAAACACGUAGGAUGAAUAUUGGCAAUACUUUGUAUCACAUAAUACUGCUUGCUCAUGAGAUGAGCUGCCCUUGACCUGAGUUGUCAACAAUUUGACCGUCACCGUUUUUACUCCUGUA